UUUCGGCCUAUCAUUUUAUUCAGCGGUUGUUUGAUUGCAGGUAAUGUAAGGUUCGUUGUAAAUUUAGAUGCACAAUUACCUGCAAUUUUUAUCAAAUGUUCAUUAGAUAUCGCGAAUUAAUAGAAAAUUAGAUGGUAAUUUGAUCAUUUUUUGUCGAGUCGUUUCAAUUUUGAGAUUGUUUUUUUUCGUGUGGAAAGAUUUUUUGAGUUCAAAUUUGAAUUAUCGUAAUAUCGUUUUGUUGUGCUGCUUCGUUUAAUUUUCUAUGUAUCUUGUCGGUGGUGGUUCCUCUUCGUCAAUUUGAUUUGAUAUCAUCUACGUACGUGGAUAAUCCUAUAGCUUCAAACUUGGAAAUCCAAGGUGGGAAAGUGGCGGAUGACAGUUUGGUAGAACGGCCUAGCGGGGCCUGUCAAAAUACCAAUAAUAACGAUACAAUUGUUACGGAUAUUUCGAACACCGCUGAUUCAUUGGCCGCCACUCGUAAAAUUCAAUCGCCCGAUGAUCUGACGACAAAUCAAAUCAAUGCCUCUACAACUAUGUUGUACAACCAAAUACUACCUUAUUAUCAUCCUUCCAACUAUUCUUCGUUAUCCUGUUACCCGACUAAAAAACUGAAAGGAAUUUCACAAACGACAAUUAAACCACGAUCAGAGACUGCUGUGUCAACGACUAGCGAUAGUAAAUUAGACGAUAUUCAAAAUACUAUUACAAGAAUAACGGCAUCAACAAUUGCACCUGACACAGUCGAUGGUACCGAUAAUCAAACAAAUUCCAAUCAAGAAUCAGCGUCUGAAGUGUCACCAGUUGAUAUACCUACUGAUGUAUCAAAUACAGUAGAGAACACUGCCAGAAAUAAUUCUGAUGUCAAAAAUGAAGAUGAACUACGUUCUGAAAAUAUUAAAGCCUCUUCAGAAUCGCCUCAUUAUUUGAAUAAUAAUGACAGCAAUACAGAAAUCGUAGGAGACUCCUGGGCUUCAAGUAUUACCCACGAAUCCUCCAAACGGGAAAGUUUGAGUAAUCCAUUGUAUAAUUCAGCUGCUAGUACGACCGCCAGCUCUGAAAGCUAUCGCGAUCAGUAUCAAUAUUAUUCUCAGCAAUAUUAUGCCAGCAUGCAGCAUGCAUACAUUAAUAGUGAAAAUUCAGCAAGUUCUAAUUACGUGAAUCCAUGUAAUUUUUAUAAUACACAAAUGUAUCCAUCAAGUUCUCUAUAUCCUUCUGCAGAUGGUUCCAGAGAACACAAUGGAAAAAUGUUACCAAUUAAUAGUAAUUCAGCAAAUGAUAGUAAUGGUUCUGGUGAAUUAGUUCCAGUGAAUGGAAGCUCCAAUUCCAGUAUUAAUAGUAGUUAUUAUUCAGUUUAUGGCACGAGCACUACCCAUUUACCAGUGAAUAAUGCGAAUUCAAGCGCAGUUGGUGUGUCGUCUUGCUAUUCGUCAUAUAGUUCAAAUUAUGGUACGCAACAACUAUACCCUGCCCAGGAAUAUGGGAAUUAUCCUAGUGCUUAUACUGGUCAAGCAGCUGCUGUCGCUAGUUAUUACGCAGCCGCAGCUGUUGCUGCAUCUCAAAAUUAUUCGCCAUACCUCAGUUCUAAUCCACCUCCUUACCAAGCUGCCAUCACUCCAUUAUCAGAUAGUUCAAUUGCGUCAGAUCCCGUAUCUCCUGGAAAAACAGAACAAUCUAAUAGAAAAUCUAGUUCCGAAGGACGAAGCCGUGGCAAAGGAAGGAAGUCAUCGACAUCUUCUGCCUCAGUUACCAGUGACCCUAGUUCACCGUCUGCAUCUCUGCCUAGUGCUUUCGGGUCAUCGAAUGAAAUUAACUUGGAAAGAAUAUUUAUUUGGGAUUUAGAUGAAACGAUAAUUAUUUUUCACUCGUUACUAACUGGCGUAUUUGCUGAUCGUUAUGGCAGAGAUACACAGUCCACAAUUCAUCUGGGGUUUCGAAUGGAAGAGUUGAUAUUUAAUCUUGCUGAUAACCACUUGUUUUUCAAUGAUAUUGAGGAUUGUGAUCAAGUACACAUUGAUGACUUAUCCUCUGAUGAUAAUGGUCAAGAUUUAACAAAUUACGACUUCCGAACUGAUGGGUUUCAAGCUCUUAACGCGGCUGCUUCAGGAGGAAAUUUUUCUUUACCUGCAGGUGUCCGUGGUGGCGUCGACUGGAUGCGAAAAUUAUCUUUUCGUUAUCGAAAAAUUAGAGAAACUUAUAAUAAUUAUAGAAAUAAUGUUGGAGGUUUAUUGGGAUCAGAUAAAAGCAAAGAAUGGUUAGAAGUCAGAAAAGAAAUGGAAGUAAUGACUGAAAGUUGGCUUGCUCUUGCGGUAAAAUGCCUGACCUUAAUCAAUUCCAAAUCUGGUUACAUCAACAUUCUUGUCACUACUACACAAUUGAUACCUGCUUUGGCCAAGGUUUUGCUUUUUGGUUUAGGCGGCAUAUUUGACAUUGAAAAUAUAUAUUCUGCGACCAAAAUCGGAAAAGAAAGUUGCUUUGAAAGGAUUGUAUCCAGAUUUGGUCGGAAGUGCACUUACGUAGUCAUUGGAGACGGACAAGAUGAAGAAACAGCUGCUAAACAGAUGACUUUUCCUUUUUGGAGAAUUUCAAGCCACAAUGAUCUAGCUGCAUUGUAUAACGCGCUUGAUAUGGGAUUCCUAUAAGCCAUUCCUUUUUUAAUACCAUUUUUAAUUAUGUACACAAACUUGUAAUUAUUGCAUUUAAUUGUUUUUACUUAUAAUUUAUUUUUGAAAUGCGAUUUAUUUAUUUUUUUGAAUAAAUGAAUAACGUGUA